UCAAACAUGGCCUCCAAGGAGAAAGAGAAGCCGGUUUGCCAAAUAUUCUCAUUUCAGGACUUGAAAACCUCCCCCGACCCGUUUUUCGAUUUGCCGGCCCGGUGUGUGACCCCCUCACCGGUUCCGAUAGUGAUAGAUAACGGCUCCUUCCAGACCCGGGCCGGCUGGGCGGCUCCGGACCCGGACUUCGGUGCUCCGCGGAUGCUGUUCAGAUCCGUGGCCGCGCGAAGCAGAGGAGCCGCGCGCAGCGAGACCCAGAUCGGCAACGACAUCCCGAACCUGGAGCCGCUGCGGUGGCUGCUGAAGAGCCAGUUCGACCGCAAUGUGGUGGUCAACUUCGAGAUCCAGGAACUGAUUUUUGACUAUGUAUUCUCACACCUGGGCAUUCAUUCAGAGGGCAGUGUUGAUCACCCCAUUGUAUUGACUGAGGCGCCCUGUAACCCACUCCACUGUCGUCAGAUGAUGUCUGAGCUGCUGUUUGAGUGUUACCGUGUCCCUUACGUCUCCUACGGUGUGGACAGUUUGUACAGUUUCUACCACAACUCCCUCCAAAGGAACCUCCAGCCACCACACACCGGCAUCGUUCUUUCCUCAGGAUACCACUGCUCACACAUCCUGCCAGUUAUCAACGGCAGGUUGGAUGCUGUAAACUGUAAGCGUGUAAAUGUUGCUGGGAGUCAGGCAGCGUCUUACCUACAGCGUCUGCUGCAGCUGAAAUACCCAGGUCACCUUGCUGCUAUCACUCUGAGCCGAAUGGAGGAGCUGCUGCACGAACACAGUUACACUGCUGUAGAUUAUCAUGAAGAGUUAGAAAAAUGGCGCAGUCCAGAUUUUUAUGAGCGGGAGGUUCACCGUAUACAGCUGCCUUUCUCUGGGAAGGCGCCGGGCGGCGGCGUGAGUGUGGAGGAGAGGCAGGAGAGACGAGCUCAGCAGCUUCGACGGCUUCAGGAGAUCAAUGCUCGCCGUCGGGAGGAGAAACUGCAGCAGGACCAGGAGAGGCUGGACAGACUGAUGGCCAUACAAGAGCUGCUGGAGGAUGGGUUGUUGGAUCAGUUUCAUAAGAGCCUGGUGGAGCUGAACAUGGAUUCCGCUGAGGAGCUUCAGUCGUACAUAAACAAACUGCAGCUGGCUGUUGAGCAAGGCAGGCAGAAGCUCCUGCACAGCGAUGGAGCUGAAGGAAAGACUGAGGUGUCUGAGCUGGAGCAGCCUAUGGACGAUGGAGAUGGAGUGGCACUGAUGGAUGCUGACUUCCCCGAGGACACGCUGCCAGAAAAACCCGCUAAUGUGAUUCAGCCGGUGUUCAACAUGGCUGAAUACCACCAGCUGUUUGUGGGGACGGAGCGUCUGCGGUGUCCUGAGAUCCUGUUUCAGCCCUCGCUGAGCGGAGAGGAUCAGAUGGGACUGAUGGAAACGCUGCAGUAUGUCCUGGCCAGGUACAGUCCAGAGCAGCAGGAGGUGCUGGUGAGCAAUGUGUUCCUGACAGGAGGGAACAUGCAGUAUCCUGGGAUGAGGGAGAGAGUGGAGAGAGAGCUGCUGGCCAUGAGACCCUUCCAGUCACACUUUAAGGUUACCAUGGCAUCACGGCCGGCUCUGGACGCCUGGUACGGGGCCAAAGACUGGACCUUGGAGCAUCCACCUGAAGGAGGGGCCGAGGGAUGGAUCAGCAGACAGGACUAUGAGGAGAAAGGAGGCGAGUAUCUGAGCGAACACUGCGCCUCCAACCUUUUCAUCCCCAUGAAGAUCGUCAAACCAGCUCCCACUCGCCCCGCUGAGCCCUGUGUCACAACCUCAGUGACAUUGACAGGACCCACCGCCGCUGUCGCCACACUUACACCUGCUCUCCAAUGUUCUACAAUGGCUGCUGAUGUUCCCAUGGUUACCUCUUGAACCGAGUCCUCGAAGAACAGUUUUUUUUUUAUCAUCGUUUUAAUUUAAUAUUUCAGUAAACCCACAUCCAGUCAUCUUUACUUUUGUCCUGGAGUUCCUUCACCCUUUGAGGACCCCCAGAAGACAUGUUUGAUCGUCUUAAGGAGACUAAUUGAAAAUAGCAAAGUUUAUUGUUAAUUUCUCUAAAAAAAAAGGGUAAUGUUCUGCUUGAAGGGGGUUAUAAGAGCAGAGGAAAUGUCUUCAUUUUAUUGAGAAUUAGAGAGAAAAUUUGAG